AUGCAGCCACUCCUGCUCUUGUUGGCCUUUCUUAUGCCCCCCAAGCCUGGGACAGGAAUCAUCACCGGAGGACACGAGGCCAAGCCCCACUCCCGCCCCUACAUGGCGUUGAUUCACUAUCUAGUUGAAGAGACGCCCAAUAGGUGUGGCGGUGUCCUCGUGAGAAAAGACUUUGUUCUGACAGCUGCUCACUGCUGGGGAAGCUCAGUCAACGUGGUGGCCCUGGGGGUCCACAACAUCCAACAGCAGGAGAGUACCUGGCAGGUCAUCCCUGUGAAAGAAGCCAUCCACCACCCAGACUAUAAUCCUCAGAACUUCUCCAAUGACAUCAUGUUAAUAAAGCUGGAGAGAAAGGCCAUGCAGACUGCAGCUGUGAGGACCCUCAGCCUGCCCUGGGGCAAGGCCCAGGUGAAGCCCAGAGAGGUGUGCAGUGUGGCCGGCUGGGGGCAAGACUCAAUGGGCAUUUCAGCAAAUAUACUGCAGGAGGUCGAGCUGACCGUGGAGAAGGAUGAGGAGUGUGAAUCCAUCUUCCCCGACCAUUAUAACCAGACCACCCACAUAUGUGUGGGGGACCCGAAGAUGAUGAAGAAUAUCCUCAAGGGAGACUCCGGGGUACCCCUCGUCUGUGAAAACAUGGCCCAUGGUAUUGCCUCCUAUGGACAAAACAACGGGACCCCUCCAACAGUCUUCAUGAAGGUCUCACACUACAUGCCCUGGAUAAAGAGAACAAUGAAGCUCUUCCCAUAG